AUGUCACUUAAUGAACCUAGUGUUGAUUUCCAUUUGAAAUUACAAGAAGGUUCUUUUAAAGUCCCAUAUGAAGCAAUUAGGAAAAAUUUCAAAAAUGUUCAAAAAUUAGAUGAACGUCAAUUUAAGAAAAUUGAUGAAUUAUUUAAAGAUUUUAAUCAAACAAAUGAUAAGAAGUUGAAAUUAACAAAGCUAAAGCAAAUCAUUACAAACUUGAAACAAUUUGAAAAAAAAAUUCAAUCAAAAACCAAGAUUGAAAAUGAAUUAAUUUCUAGGAUCCAAGCAAGAUUAAAUAAGCUAAAUGAAUUAAAUGAUUUGAAAAAUCAAUCUCAAGAAUCACCAUCCCCCAUUACCCAAGAUAAAUUAUUAAAUUGGUAUAGAGAUCAAACAAAUUUAUUAAUUGCAGAUUAUUUAUUAAAAAAUUCACAUUUAAUUGAAUCAAAUCCAGGUUUAAAAUUAAUCAAAAACCUAAAUUUUGAAAAAUUAAUUGAUUUUGAUAUUAUCUUGGUAUCAAAUAAAAUAUCAACUUCUAUCUUGAAUCAAGAUUUAUCAAAUCUUGUUAAUUGGAUUGAUGAUAAUAAAUCUUAUUUAAGAAAAAUUAAAUCAAAUCUUGAGUUCCAAACAAGAUUUCAACAAUAUAUUGAAUUAAUUAAACAGGGGGAUUUGAUUAAUGCUAUCAAAUUAUUCCAAAAUCAUCUUUCAUUUUUCACUCAAACAAAUUUUAAUGAAAUUAAAUCAGCAUCAGGAUUAUUAAUCUUUGCAUCAAAAGCAUCAAAAACUCAAGAUCCAAAUUUCCAAAAGUAUAAUUCAUUAUUAUCUCCUAAACGUUAUGAAUAUUUAUCAAAUUUAUUCCUAGAAAUUUAUUAUAAAUUACAUGGUAUAUCAAAAGAUGAUCCAUUAUUAAUUUAUUUAUCAUUAGGUAUAUCAUCAUUAAAAACAAGAUCAUGUAAAUGUCCAUCUCCUUCAACCCAACCCCAAUCAUUUGAAUCAAUCCUAAACAAAAAAUUAUCCCAAUCUCAUCCAACAACAACAACAAAUAAUUGUCCCGUGUGUUCCCUAGAGUUUAAUCAAUUAAGUUAUCAAUUACCUUAUUCUCAUAAUGUUAAAUCUUAUUUAUUUGAAAAUCCUGUAAUGUUACCAAAUGGGAAUAUUUAUGAUCGGGAGAAAUUAUUGAAUUAUUCUAAAAAUUUGACUAUUUUGAGUGAGAUGGAGGUUAAGGAUCCUAUGAGUACUGAAGUUUUUGAAUUGGAUGAAUUGAUUAGAAUGUAUCCAACAUAG